CUGCCAACAAGUAUAAUACCACCGGCAUCACCUCAGCUGGAGAUUCCUUUUUUUCUUCUUCCCCAUCAGACAGACAACUAUCACCAGCUUCAUAUUAGUAUUAAGUAUUCACUCAUACUCAAUCACACUCUACCAUCCACAGUCAUACUUCAUAACACAAUACUACUACUACUACUGCCUACCGAUAACACUUCUGCCUAUCACCUACAUAUCCCACCACAUCACGCAUUAUCACCUCGUCACCGCCCGCCUCGGCACAUCGCUUCCGCCCAAAAAACGCCAGCGUCUGCCUAUUGACUCAUCCACGAAAUUAUCAUAACCAAUCCCCACCACCAUAAAACUAAAACGAAAUCCCAAUCCCCAAACGGAUUUCAAAAUGUCAACAUUCACAACCACAUCCAUACCAACCCGCCAACCCCUCCCCUCCGCACCCCCCAAACGCAAAACAAUGUCCAUAACCCAAACCUACUACCUCGCCCACUCCGCGCGCGGCAAGCUCUCCGCCGAAGCCUCGCGCUCCGACCACCGCCUCCGCCGCCUUGUCGGCCACGCCAACCUUCUCGAUUCCUUGAUGCUCGAGCUCGCUGACGCCGAGGCGGAGCAGGAGAGCUGGUUCAAUGCUUCGGUGCGCGGUGCGAGGAAAACAGAAGACAGGCAUAUUCAGUGGGCGGAUUCGGUUGUUGAGGAGGAGGAUUACGAGGAGAGUGAUUCGAGCGAUGAUAGCGAGGAGGAGGAGGAUGUGGAUAUGGGCUUUGCUACUUUGCAACGCGUCAAGUCGCAUCAGGCUUUCGAUGUUACGAUGGUCCCUUCACCCUUGGACGCUGACUCCGAAUCUGACGAAGAGGAGGAGGAGGAUGACGAGGAUAUCUACGAAGACGACGGAGAAGAGGACUACGCCCUGCUCAGCCUCCAACGCACACACUCCCACCCCGCGUCGCCGCCAGACUUGAUCGACGAGGACGACAGCAGCAGCAGCGAGGACGAGGCGAUGCCGCCCUCGCCGCCGGCGGAUGUGGUACAUGCCUUCCCUGAGGCGGAGGCGAGGAGGUCAAAAGUUUCGCCCGCGAAAGGGCAGUUCUUUGAUGAGGGGUUCUAUUUGCCGCAGAGGACGCUGGUUUCGGCGGUGAGCGUGUACUGAGUGUGCAUUGUACUCACUUGUCGGGGAUGGUCUGGGUCUUUUGUCGAGCGAUUAUAGCGGGUUUUUGGGAAAGCAUUGCAUUGGGACGGCGCAUUUUCUUGGGUUUACGGAAGCAUCAUAUCAUGGGAUGGGGAAUGGGAAUGGGAGAUUUAGAUGCGGACGCAAAGUCCUGGGACAUAUACAAAGGGGUGCUCCUCGGUCAAAAAAGGAUCGGGUCGAGCCACCUUUCUAUCAUCAUUGAUGAAUAAUUACAAACAAACAAACACCACUUUUACAAACUUAAAACCUUAUCUUGUCAUCUUUGUCUACUGUGAUCUGAUCUGGCUCGUGAAUUGCAAUCGUGCGAUCUCCAAGUAGUACCCCAAUCUGUCCCCUUUCCCCAACCAACCCUCAAACCCCUCACCGCAACCCCCACCACCACCACAACAGAUGUACCCCUCCAUCCAUCCCACGAAGCACGCGGUGUAGCUCACCCGACAUCCUCCUCUCACACUCAUUCACACACAUUCACAAUCACAGUCAUCGCACAAUACAAUACAACUUCCAAUACAAUACACUCACCACCAUACACUACAAGUACAUCACGGAUCCCACGGCGCGCCCAUCGGAAACCCACGGAAUCUCCAGGGCGCGAAAUCCCCUCAUCGCAGUCACGCGCCUGUCUCAAAUGUAUGUAUGUACACGCUUAACACGGCACUCUGUGCAGUACUCCAGUACAAAGGCGUGUGUACAGUUGCGAGCGCGGCGGUCGGUCGGUC